GACAACCGAUUUUGUCUGUUGCGGGCCAUGGGAAGUGCAAUUACACGGAUCGUCUUUCAGCCGCCGGAGAAAACCUACGGCCGCGAUCCCAAUCUCAUAUGGCUCCACACAUCUGAACACGAGGUGAUCCCAGCCUUUUUCAUCGACCGCGAUGCAAAAUUUACCUUGCUCUUCAGUCAUGGCAACGCAGAAGAUUUGGGGAUGAUUAUUCAAUACUUCCGUGAAGUGAGCCACAUUUUAGAUGUCAACAUUUUUGCCUACGACUACACAGGCUAUGGGAUGAGCUCAGGGGAACCCUCAGAAGAAGCGCUGUAUGCAGAUAUUGAAGCAGCCUUCAAAUAUCUCAGGGACAUUGUGGGCAUUCCCUGGAGUGAUAUCAUCCUCUACGGUCGCUCCAUCGGCUCGGGGCCAUCCAUUCACCUGGCUACCCGGACGGCGGUACGAGCGAUGGUGCUCCAAAGCCCGUUGCUCUCCAUAUACCGUGUAGCAUUCUCCUCAAGCUUCACUCUUCCUGGAGACAUGUUUCCCAAUGUGGACCGGAUCGGACAGGUGAAAUGUCCCGUGUACAUCGUGCACGGAACCAAUGAUGAGGUCAUCUCCUACUCACACGCAGAAGAUUUGGUGCGGAACUGUCAGGAGGGCAUUGCUUAUCCACCAUACCUGGUGGAGAAUGGGGGUCACAACAACUUGGAGGUGGUCGCUCGACAACCCUUUUACGAGAAUUUCACCAAGUUCUUGCAGUGGUUGGAAAAGAGCGAAAUCUCCGACGAUCUGAAGCUUCAAGCCCAAAACUCUUCCCUUUGACCUAUCGGAUCCUAUCGGUUUGUUGCGCGGUGCGUCUCUGCGCUUGCGCGCGCACCCAGAACAGUCUUGAUUCCAACAGAACAGUUAUAUGAAUUAAAUAAGAACUUCGAACUUCGGCUUUGGGAUUGGGGAUCUCAGACGGUUGUCACAAUCUUGUGUUUUUCUCGACUAUGAUGCCAUCCAACACUUUGUAACAGCAAUGGCUUGAAGCCAGGGCUCUCCAAGUCUUGGUAGGGAUGCAUGAGCAGACAGCCGUUGAAGGGUUGGACGCCAUGAUCGUUUAGGCGUGCAAAGCACGCGGUUGAGUGCAAGCGAAGUACCAUAGGACGGGGACACGUUUCCGGUCUAUGAC